CCCAAGUUUAUUGAGUACAUUUCCAGAAACCAAACUCUUUCUAAUCUUAGGCACAUGUAACACAUCCCCAAGAAAAAGAAUCUUUCCGGAAGUAAAUUCCAACUCCAUGGUACCACGUCCUAGGAGUGGAGCAGUGGACUCAUUGCCCAUGUGGAGAACAAAACCGUCAUCCAUUGGUUUGUAAGUUUUGAACCAAUUCCGAUCCUUGCUUACAUGUAUGUGGGCUCCAGAAUCCACCCACCAAACAACGUCAUCAUCCUGUACAAAAUAUACUUCAUUAAUUAGUGAAACAUAAUUCAUACCCGAAUUUGGAUCAAAUUCGAAAUUAGAAUCAAAAGUAGGAAUUCGACCUUGUUUGCCUUGAUCAUUAUAUCCUUGCCCAACAUGACGAUUUUCUUUAUUUUUUAUUUUUUCCACGGGAAAAUCACGCUUGAAAUGCCCCGGUUUCCCGCAUGUCCAACAAAAAGGUUUAGCUUUCUUGUUUUUGAUGGCCUUAGAUGAGUUGUUGCAAUUGUCACGAGGAUGUUUCUUUCCCUUUUCCUAGGGAGAAGAUUCUCCAAUCUUCAUCAUGUGAACCGAUGAAUAUUCCUUUGGUUUCACAUCCUCUUGUACCCUGAGGUUCUCCUCUGUGCACAAGUGGUGGUAUCGAGUUGGGUUAAAUCCAGCUCUUCCUUCUUGUGCUUAAGCAUGUACUUAAAGCCAUUCCAAGAAGGUGAUUGUUUGUCGAUUAUGCUCAACACAACGAUUGUCUCCUCCAUGUUCAGGUUAUGCUGACUAUACUGACCAUAGAUCCGGAGCAAUUCAUUAUAUUGCUCCAUCACCGGGCGAGAACCUCUUAUAUUGUAAGUAUUGAAAAUACUCACAAGAAACUUCUUGCUAGAUGCAUCAUCGGCCAUAUACUUGGCUUCUAAUGCAUCCCAAAGAUUCAAGACAUUAUUUUACAUUCCGUAAACAUGGAUAUGGAGUACUAAUUAUUUACCGCCGCUUACUUUCCUUAUCUCCGACUCGUUCAUCAUCCAAUUUACCAUAGGAAGGACAUAAGGUUCCUUGUAGGGAGAAGUACGAGCCAUCGUAUGAGAAAUAUUCAUUACGAUUGUUGGAACUUUUUUGUACGAUGGUGUACGGACGAUAGCCCAAAACAGGGUGACUAGGAUUAUGAUAGAGUCGUCAACUACUUUAACUUUCCGUAAAGAAUAUUUCCACCCUCUACAAAGCCUUGGGUUACAGGAAAUUUAUUCGUAGGAUAAAACUAUCACCACUUUAGGUUCUAGAUUUAAGAACACUGAAGCACACUUAGAAGUUUUUGAGGAAGAAAAAGAAGAAUCAAGGGGUUUGCUUGCGAGCUGGCUCUCAUCGACGAUCCUGUUAGCGAUAUGGAUCUUGUCAUACACACCCUUCACGGCAUCGACUCUGACUUCAAGGAGAUUGCUGCUGCCAUCCGUGCUCGUGACAAUCCACCUACUUUCGACGAGCUCUAUGACAAACUGGUCAGCUAUGAUGAUUAUCUGCAACGCACCGCCACUCUAUCUCAUUCGCCCCUUGCUCACUCAACAGCUCGACAGCCCCGCGGCAGUCCUGGUGGCCGUCAAUCUCCUCUCUCCAACCCUCAUCCAGCUUCUGUUCUUGGGCCCCAACCCACGGCCUCACGUUCGAUGCCAUAAUCUCAUGUGUCUCCUUUUAAUCGGCCGGUGUGUCAAUAUUGUCAGCGUGUUGGUCAUACAGCGAGGACAUGCUACCGCAUACAUCUAGAGUUGCGUCCCAGUCAGCCACAAGUCCAUGCAACAACCAGCACUACCUCCUGGCUCCUUGACUCGGCUGCUUUUCAUCACAUCACCGACGACCUCGCCAACCUAGCUCUCGCUGAGAAAUAAAAUGGCCCUAACACCAUCGCCAUUGGUAACGGAUCAGGUUUGCCUAUAUCGCACACUAGCUCUAUGUCCCUUUCUUUCCAUAAGCGUACCUUUGCCCUUGAUAAUGUCCUUUGCUCCCCAUCCAUAUCCCAAAACCUCAUAUCUUUCUCCCAAUUUUGUGCCUCUAACCAAGCUUAUGUUGAAUUCUUUCCUACCUCUUUUGUUGUCAAAUCGCAGCUGUGCGGGACUCCUCUUCUUCGGUAACGCAUUAGAAAUGGUGUCUAUGAAUUUCCUGCUUUCCUGCUACAUCAAGCAUCCAUACCGGUCACAUACUGGACCUAUGCGUUCCGCGAUGCUAUCUAGCUCAUCAAUAAACUCCCCACUCCUCUCCUGUCCCAUAAAUCCCCUCAUUCGAAGUUAUUCCACUCUGCCCCCAACUAUAACAAACUCUAGGUGUUCGC